AUGCCUCCCCGUCGUCCAGGCGGCAAGUACAAGGGUCUUGUGACCCGCAACAAGAGUGAUGCAGCCUUGGCCAAGGAAGCUUCGGAGCGGGCGAAGAAGCAGCAGGAGGAAAUGGUCAAGAGGGCGGCGAUGCGAAAGCAGAAGGAGCUUAUGGAUCGAAAUGGCUUGGGCACGGAACUCGUGGACCCUGAGGAGGAGAAGAGGCAACGAAUCUUGAAUCUAAUGAUGGGAGGCAGGAAAGGGGAUAUCAUCAAGUUCUUUCAGGCCUGGCGCAAAGGUGCAACACAGCAGCGGAAGGAGACGAAAAUCCGUGAGCGUGAAAUUGGAUGGCGAGCCAACUGUGGCGGAACAGAUCCAGACCUACCUGGUGGCUGCACAUCCGUUAAGCUGCUGAUGCCGGCAAAUAUGGCGCUGCCGCUGAACAAUUUCCUCAACAUCACCUCAGGUGAAUCUGAAACAUUCCGCACUUCGAGAGG